GAGUUUUGGAGGCAGUGAGAUGAGCCAGCCAAUACCGCACCGCGCAGACACGCCGUCGUCAUCCACCACCAUGCAGGCUCAAUCCCAGGCGCAGUCAUCGCAAGCACACGCACAAGUACAAGCACAGGCACAGGCACAGCAGCCCGCUGCAGCGACAAUGGAAGCGCACCAGCUGCUGGACCAGCUCGGGCGGCUGACUGCGCUGCUCAUCGCGUCCAUCCACGGCACGCUCGAGCCAACUGCAAUGCAUGCUGCUGCUGCGUCGGUCGCAUCGAGUGCAGCUGCGGCCGCGGCGGCGUCGGCGGGACUGUCGAUCUCGGCCUCAGCCACAGAGGCGACCGAGCAAGCUCAGCGACUGGUAGAAAUGGCCGAUCCAGUCGCAAGGUCAACCGCCAUUGCAGAGGCGUUGAUGGCGACAGAAGCAAGACUCCAGCAAGCAGUGACCAAGCUGCAAGUCCAUCAAAGUGGGAUGGCUCGGUUGAACGAGCUCAAGCGAGUGCUGGGCGAGCAGGACGAGCUCAUUGCUUCAUUCGCAGCCGAGCUCAAGCGCGCAGACCAACGCCUUGGUCUGAUUGUCGAUCGCUCAAAGACAAAGCUCGACGUCAUGAAGCAAGCAGAGCGUGGCGACGUCGAUCCGAGAGACGUCAUCCGAUAUGCACAUUACAUUAGUACGGUGGCGACAGCACCGCCCGACUGGAAAGAGGGCAUGCCGCUCGGCAUCUACUCUGGCCCAUACCCGCUUGAAACACAGAUGCGCGACUCGCUCCUGUACCUCGAUGCAGCUGGCCAGCUCGACGAUUUGGCCCUCGGAGGGCUGGAUGCUGCGCGAGAGGCCCUGGGUCUCGGAGACGGUGCUGACGGUGCGCAGGCGAUGGACACUGGAGCGAACGCCGCGAAUACCGCCGCAGGAUUUAUGGAUGAACAACAACAGGAGGAGAUUGAGCAUCUGGAGCAGCAGCGCCAGCUGCGACUCAAGCAGAUGCAACAGCAGCAACAACUACAGCAACAACAGCAACAACACCAGCAGCAAAAUUCGGCCGGUGCCGGUCGUCGAAAACUCGUGCUCGACAUUGGCUCGUCCUCGGAAUCUUCUGAUAACGAGGGGUCCUCCUCGUCCUCUUCCGACGAGGAUUAAGCGGUUGUCUAGAUGCUUUUGGGAUUUGUUUUUCUUGUAUGUCCGACUCCAAAAAUCCAACAACUCGAG